GAACAAGCCUCGUUCUGCGCAUUGAUUGAUCAAGAAGGGCAGGUUGUUGAUCAUCUCCGACUUGUACAUAUCAUGAAAAAUAGCAAUUCAAUGAAACCUGGCGAAGCUGACUUGAAGCGUAGGGAUAUGGAAAGUUUGAGUAACUUUAUCGAUAAGCGUCGUCCACAUGUCCUGGCAAUAUGUGGUGAAAGUUUGGAUGCGUUCUAUUUGAAACGAGAUAUUGAAGUGAUUCUGAGGCAGCUGGCUGAAAGUAACGGCACAACGAUUACACCGGUGGAAAUCGUUGACAACGAAGCGGCCAAAGUUUAUAUGCAUAGUAAACAGGCUAUUGUAAGUUAUAAUGUUAUGAAGCAUCAUUCAUUCAUUAGUGAUACUCUCGGUCGUUUUUGA